AUGUCUUUUAUCGCUGACGCCGUUGAGGCGCUCAAACCCCAUAUUGCCAAAUGGUACACCAUCGUGUUUGCUACUGUUCUUCUUUACUAUGUGCAUCGCAAGGUGAGAGUCUACAGAAUCUCGAAAAAGUUUGGCUGCCAGGAUACGGAGGGUGUCCCAGCACCAUUCUUUGCCAUUCCCGUGUUGAUCGAGGCUCUCAAGAAUAUCAACAAUGGUACCAUCUUGGAAAUGUUUAAAGAAUACUUCAGCAACGUUAAGAACGACACCUGCCACGUUACUUUGGGUGGUAUCAAGAUUAUCUUCACCUUUCAGCCAGAAAACUACAAGGCUAUCUUGGCCAAUCAGUUUAACGACUUUGCCUUGGGCAAAAGACACUCGCACUUUUUACCAUUGCUUGGUGACGGUAUCUUCACUUUGGAUGCUCACGGAUGGAAGAACUCCAGAGCUAUGUUGAGGCCUCAGUUUUCCAGAGAGCAGAUUGCUCAUGUGAGAACCUUGGAGCCCCACGUUAUGACUCUUGCUUCCCACAUCAAGAAGGCCAACGGUGGAGUAUUUGAUAUCCAGGACUUGUUCUUCAAGUUCACUGUUGACACUGCAACUGAGAUUCUUUUCGGUGAGUCUGUUUACUGUUUGAGAGAUGGAACUGUCCCAGAACAGCCACCUCACAAUGAGUUUCCUGAGAGAGCGGAGUUUGGUGAGGCUUUUAACGUUACUCAGAGAUACCUCGCUAUGAGAGCUUAUUCGCAGAUCUUUUACAAGCUCAUUGAUGGUCCUAGAUUCCGUAAGUGUUGCAACAAGGUGCAUAAGUUCGCUCAGUACUAUGUGAACAAGGCUCUUGAGGCUCCAAUGGAGGAGAUUGAGGCCAAAUCUGAAAAGGGUUACACUUUCUUGUAUGAAUUGGUGAAGCAGACCAGAGACCCCAAGGUGUUGCAGGAUCAGUUGUUGAACAUCAUGGUGGCCGGUAGAGACACCACUGCUGGUUUGUUGUCGUUCACUUUCUUUGAGUUGUCUAGACAUCCAGAGGUGUACGAGAGAUUGAAGCAGGAGGUGUUAGUGCAGUUUGGUGAAGGUUCUCCAGAGGACAUCGCCAACAUCAGCUUUGAGUCUCUUAAGAAGUGCGAAUACUUGAAGUGGGUACUUAAUGAGGUGUUGAGAAUGUAUCCUUCGGUGCCAAUGAAUUUCAGGGAGGCUACAAAAGACACUGUGCUUCCCACCGGUGGUGGUCCAGAUGGCACUGCCCCAGUGUUUGUGGCAAAGGGCACCACUGUUGCAUACUCUGUGUACCUUACUCAGAGAGACCCCCAGUUCUAUGGCAAGGAUGCUAAUGAGUUCAGACCCGAGAGAUGGGCCGAGAACCACAAGCUUGGCUGGGCCUACUUGCCAUUCAACGGUGGACCAAGAAUUUGCUUGGGUCAGCAGUUUGCCCUCACUGAGGCUUCUUACGUUGUUGUGAGAUUGAUUCAGAUGUUCCCCAACUUGGUCUCCGCUUACGAUGGCCCAUACCCACCAAAGAAGAUGUUGCAUCUUACUUUGUCCAUGUAUGAUGGUGUGCCAGUGAAGAUGACGUGA